GAGGAGAAUACACACGAGAUACACGAAGAGGAAAGUGGCUCUAUGAAUUUUUCCGGGAAGCAAAAUACAUAUGGCCUUUCGAUUUCUCGAGUGAUAUCGUGAACACCGGAAAUGCAACAAGGUAAUAUGGAUCAGUAGCUUCGCUGGACAAUGAUUUCUAUAUAAGAGACAGAAGGAAGAAUUAAUUUCGUUUCACGAAGCAAUUUUCACGUACAAACGAGCGAAAGUUGGAAUUUGGACUGGAAGAGGACAAAGAAAUUUUAGACAGUUAAUUGAAGGAUUAUUCGAAAGGAAAGAUUAAGGAAGACGAAGAUGUCGCGAGAAGAUGCGUGAUUGUUACGGGUGACCGGUGUAAUUAGUGCGUGACGAAUGUCUUUCUUCUUUCACCGCGUGCCAGAGACAGGGUACGGUCUUUUCAAGUUCACUCGAUAAAAUACACCGACAUAAACGUCCCUAAUACAUCUUGUAUAAACUUAUUUGCAAGGAUAUCGUUCGUCGAUGAUAAGGUACAACUCCGGUCAGUUGGAUUUUAUCGGUUCAUCGAUCGUUCCUUGUCUUCGUCUUGGUCCUAUUGUUCGAAUGAUCGUCGACGAUGUGGAAGAAGACGAGUGUGGAAAGGAGAAAUGCCGAGUUAGAACAUGUGAAAAAGAAGGAGAGAGGAGACCAGUCCGUUUCCUCGGUGACCAGGCUAGACAAGGACAAGCAAAUCUAACAGCCAGGUCGAGAAGGAGAUGUAAAAUGGACCAAGUACAUUCGAAGUGGGGACCUGGAUUAAAAGCAAACGAGGCCAACCUCUCAGUAACAGAACCAUCACGGACCUUGAAGAGGCGAGGUCGUUCUUUGUUACUCUUCUUUCUAUCUGCUCCUCUUGGCUGACUACUGCUACUAGUGUGCACGUUGCCGUGGCCGCCGACGAUAACGGGUUCUCACUUGGAGACUCGACAACGAUUCGCCUUGUUCAUGUAAUUAAACAUCUCUACGUUGGAAGGCAUCGUGUAAUUCGGUACAUCAUAUCGACACGAUGGCGAUCACGAACGGAACGAUCUGUUUACUUCUUUUAAUCUUCAUCCUGGAAGGUUCCUAUUGCAAUACCAGAUACUUUGUUAAAAUGAGGACCAACGCCUCCGAAUUGUUCAAAACCAGGAACGAGAAUCUUCGAGUACCUCAGGAACCUAUCGCUAUGACUCAAGGCCCGUUAUCCGAUCAACGAAACAACGAUGAAAGAAUGAUUCGAGACGCCUUGAGCUUGGAAUAUGACAGACGGAAUACUUUUGAGACGUCCACCUUCAAUCCCGACGUACUCAACAAGUUCCUCGAGGACUACGCCAACAAAAUUAAAAGUUCUACCGAGAAAGACUUUAAGCUUCCGUUGAAAUUCUCUAAACCCACGGUGGAUCCGCUCGUUCUCGAAGUCGACGAGUCUACCACUGAUUCUUCCACUACUAUACUCGACGAUGAAAAAUCCACUUUGGAUCCUAUUAAUUCUACUUUGAACGAGGACAAGCUUAGUGAGAUUUUGAAUGAUACAUUGAAAAGGAAUAAGUAUUAUGGUAUGACCUCUCACGACGAUAGAAAUGGUUGGGUUACGCUAGAUGCGAUACCAUGGUCCAAAAGUAAAAUUUCAAAGUGGCAGGCAAAUCCAAGUACUCAACGUCCCUGGCCAGAGAUAAAACCAUGGGACAAACCUAGCAUGGCUAAACCGUGGACGUCCGAUUAUUCCUCCAGGCCGACUUAUGAAAACAACAAGCCUUGGCACGAAAAGCCAAAACCUUAUUGGCAAGAGAACGGUAAUGAAAAACCAUGGCAAAAACCAUCGUCGUCCUCUCGUCCCUCUUAUUAUCCGGACAAGUACGAUCAAGUUUCGAGUCAAGCUCAAAAAUGGCCACCGGAGAAGCCAUCUUGGGACAAGUACCCUUCUAAUAUACAUCGGCCGACCGAUAUUAUAACCGACGACAGGCCUACCAACUUUCCCAACACGUGGAACAACAGACCUCAAUCGUCUAGACCUUAUCCUUUUUUAGACAGAUAUCCUGAAAACAAUCAUGCCGACGAGACCAGCAACGAUUGGCACGACUUUCCAACGAGAACAGAAUCCUUGGACAGACCGAGACCAAGCGAUAGACCAAAUUUCUCGCAUUAUCAAUACGGUAAUAAUCAUCCACCUUCACAUCCAUCUAACGGAGAUGGACAAUGGGUUCUUCUAUCAACGAACAGAGGAUAUUCAAAGUCCCGUCAGAGAUCCAUCAAGAUCGACACGUUGCAUCCCGAACUGGUCAAACUAUUGAAUGCAAAUAAAACAAAGUCCAUCAACAAAGAGAAUGUCGAUCCAACCGUUGCCGUUAUGACAUCAAAGCGACAGGUCAGGUUGACGGUGUUACCGUCAAUCAACGGCACCAACACUACGACGUCGCACGGCGGUCUCUUAGAAGUCGAGAAGACCUUCAAGAGCGUCGAUCAGAGCAGGAAGGAGUACGAGAGAGACAGAGCGACAACAUUACCGACUAUAUUGAAAAAACGACCGAUCAGGAACACAUUGAACGGGGGUCAAGUCUCGAGUUCAGCGGUUCUCGCGGCAGUCGGAGCAGGUAUGUUACCGGCGACUAUGGCAAUGAUGAUUCCUAUGAUGCUCGGACGAAAGAAACGAGAUCUGACGUUGGAGGAGGACACAUUACGGAAGUUUCACAGUCUUGGAAUAAAUCUGCAUAAUCUUGGAAAGAAGCACGAGGGCUCGAAGAAAAAAUAUUUCCGAUUGUAGAUGAAAUUCUUAUGCCGCACGAGAAAGGAGGUUUACACGCGUCUUGAAACCGUGAUGAGAUCGUUAGUUAAACGACUUCCAGGUACAAUUAGGUAGUAUUUAUGGAUAUAUAUACCGAUACUAUAGUUAUAUACUUUAUAAGGAACAUCGUGACUCGACGGGGCAAAUCGACGAACGGAAGUGUUGUUGCACUCGCUUGAUCAUGAAAGUUCUGUUAUGGCAAACGGUCCUGUAACGCCUAUCUCCACCGUGUCAUUCAAUGACUACAUAGUUUCUACGAACGAGGUCACUAUUACCGUAUUUUACAUGAUAUGUGUACACACACACAUAUAUAUAUAUGCACCCUACUGAACACAUCUAGCGUAACACGACUUUCCGUUCACGAUCAGAGAAUAUAGACAGCCAUUGAUAUCGAUGGAUUAUGCGUUAGCUAGAACGUAUAGACAAAAUGCGUACAUACAUUGUGAAUGGGUAGGAUCGAUCGCGGUUAAAGCGCACCUGUUGCAUCCUGAAUAGAUUGGAUGACAAGUAUAACAGUAUGGUAUUAUACUAAACUAGGGUUACUGUUACAGGGGACAUUCAAUAUUUACUUUCCAUUUGGUUACGAUUUACCGACUGACCGAUAACACUUUAGUAUGCUUCUCUUUAAUGAAUGUCGACCUAUAGAGUCGGAGAUUACGUAGCUAAGAGAGAAUGAAACAUUAGUUCGUUCGAUUAUUGUUUCGGGUAAUUUAUUGCUAUUUAUUAUCGUAUUUAUUUCGACAUAUUUAUUCAUUGAUGUUGUAGAAAUAUCGAGUGAAUGUCUCUCUCGUCGAUAUUUAUAUAUAUUUCUUUCAACAGUUUAUUUUUAUUUACACGACACAGAAUACUGCGUAGCAAUAUUUAUUUUAACUUAUUUAUUUAUUUAUUUAUUUAUUUAUAAGUACGCAAUAAACACUCUACUACUUGGAUUUUUACAUAUCCUCGUAUCGAGAGGGAAGAAACACACGUAUAUCGAAAUAACAUAACAAAGUGAAUUUUCAAUAAAACAACGUGUGCGUGCGCGUAUGUUUGUGUGUGUAUAAACAUGGUGACAGUCUUGUAAAAAAAAAAAAACCCCAUUACCUUUUCAAACGUGUCUUACGAUUUUUUCGGUAACUUAAACCUUUUUUUUUAUUUUUCUUCUUUUUUUCCUUUAAAACCAUAAAAUUCCGAUGUAAACGACUAAAUC